GAGCGGCGGGGCGGAGCGGUGAUGGCGGGGCCGGGGCCGGUGGUAGGGCCGGGGCGGUCGCGGACGCUGUUCGUGCGGGAGGACGGCAGCGCCGUGCGCUUCUACCUGCGGCCCGGCCCGGCCAAGCUGCGCCUGGCGCCCCUAGUGCUGGCGGGCGGCGGGCGGCUGUGCCGGGUGCAGGAGCCGGGCGCCGUGCUACUGGCCGAGCCCGGCCCGGGCCCCGGCCCCGGCCCCGGCCCCGGCCCCGGCUUCGUGUCCACGCAGUACGUGGAGGACUGCGUGCGCCAGAACCGCCGCCUGCCGCUCGAGCCCUACCGCCUGCCGGGCCCGGACCCGGGCCCGGGCCGUGCCGCGCCGACGGGCGGCGGGCGCCUGGCGUUCACGGCGGCGGAGGACGAGGCGGUGCUGCGCUACGUGCGGGCGCGGGCCGGGGCCGGGGCCGGGGCCGCGCUCUGGAAGGAGAUGGAGCGCGCGGGCGUGACGCGCCACUCGUGGCAAUCCAUGCGCGACCGCUACCGCCGCCGCCUGCGGCCGCCCCCCGGCACCGUCAGCCAGUUUCUUCCGAAUGCCCAGCUGUCAGAAAUGGCCCUGCGUGUCCCUGGAUUCACCAUCUUUAGCAGCACGAGGACAGGAGUCAGAGGGAAGGAAGCAGAGUGCCUCUUUUCCCAGCCCUACGAAGUGGCAGAGCUGUUCGGGAAAGCAGCAACUGCAAUACAAGAGAAAAUUAGAAGCCGCACGGAAAAAGGGGGCAGACUUUUCAAGGCAGCGAGCCGAGAAUUUGAAAGCGAUGAGUCUAAAAGUGAGACCUCAGACCUCCCAGAAGAAAUUCCUGGUGAAGACAAACAGAUGAUGUCCCCUGAGAAAGCAGGCCCUAGCCAGAAAAUGGACCUGAAUGAUUCUGAGUCGCCUCCAGCAGCUGCUGCUCGGGACUCCCCUACCCCUGAAACUCAGCCACAAGGGGAGGAAAAGCCUGCGAGCCCUGGCCCUGCUCCCACCCAGGUGGCAGAUGCAGUUAAAGCAAUAAAGUACUGCAUGGAAGAGCUCAGUAUGGACCUGUUGACUGUCACACAAGCUUUUUUGAAAAACAGUGGGGAAGUGGAAGCCACCAUGUGCUUUUUGAAGACCAGCCAGCGCUUGGAUGGGCAUCCCAUAUGGAGCAGAGAAGAUGAUUUAGAGUUGCAAAAAGAUGAUGAAAAUGUCAGAAGCAAACUAAUAGCAAAGUUUGGAGCUGAGAAUGUAGCUAGACGGGUUGCAUUCAGGAGGACUUAGAUGACAAGUUGUGGACGUGAUUCAAGGAGUUGGGGCUGUUCCAGGAGAGGAGGGAAAGAUUUACCUGAGCUUCACAGAAGGAAGAUCUGUAGGAGCAGCCUUUGGCAACUGCAGAGAAUAAUUGCCUAAGAUUUCAUGCUAUGUAGGAAAAAGUCUUGCAUUGUUCAAAAUGACAAGGUCUCUUUGUAAAACUUUUUGUCUUUCUGAUCCUUUUUAUGGGCUUCCACUUGUAUACAAGGCUUAGUUUUGCAUUAGGUUUGUGAUGAGUACAGUGAUGGGUAAGGCUGAAAAAUAAACUGGAGAGAUCCUCCAUCUGGCCAGAGCCAAGUGUUGGGCACCAGAAAAUCUGCCUUCAGGUGCCUCGUGUUCCUCAUCCACCAGCAAGGGGAGGAACUUGCCUGUACUACUGCAUGGAGAGAGCAUCAGGAGGAAGAUAGCAGAGCCUGCUCCUGCAUUUUAGCUUUCUCAGUUGCACUGCUGGACCUGGAAAAAGUUCCUUCUCUGUAAGAGCAGAAAUGGCACAAUUCUUGUACCUGGAAAGGUCCCUUGUGCUCGCUCCAGGUCAAAGUAAACAGGGUCUUGAGACUGAUGCAGGACAAAGCAAGAGGCACGUGGAUCCUCCUACAGUGCUUCCUCUUCAGCUGUGUUGUCUUACAUGUGCACGUGCCAAAGUCUCACCAAUAUGUUCCAUCCAGCCCCUGUGAGUCCUUCCAGUAAACAGCAAGAGGGUCCAGCUGUCUAAUAACAGGGUCUAAGCUCAUCCUAGCCAAUCUUGUGUGGUUUCUUUCACCUUUGGUAGCUACCAGGCCACAGGCAGCAGGUAUUUCUGCAAUUACAAAGUGUGCGCUUUCUUGACAGAGGAUAACAUAAUGUGUGAUUGUAAGUUUUUCUCCCUGCUAGUGCAGGGGUGCUGCUGGGAAGGACUUGUUUGUUUCAAACAUCAAAUUACCAGGUGUCAAAAUCAUGUUCUGAUUAGGAUCUUAAUGUACAUAUUUGGACAAUCACUCUCUUGGGUUUAUAGUUAUUUACAGCACUUGAAAACUGGGAUUAAAUCAUCUUUUGUUGGAAUGAAAACUGGUUUCUUGCUACCACCAUUUUAAUUUUAUUAAUAUUUUAUAUGUAAGCGGUCUCAGCCUAGCUUACCAGUUUUGUUGGUUUUUUGUUUUUGUUUUUUUUUUGGGGGGGGGGGGUGUAAUUAAACUUGUAAAUUCAUAGCAAAAGGUUACUUUUUUUUUAAAUUCGGUAAUGGGAAGCAGAGAGAGGUUCACUCUGUCAGGCUUUUGACAUACGUGUGACUAAUAAAAUGCCAGUGACUGGUGUUCAGCUCUA